UCAUUCUCCUUCUUCCUCCACUGCCUGGUGUGCUCUUUUUCACCGCAUUUCUUCCUUGAAUUUGUUGCGCUUAGAGCUUUCUGGAGAUUGCAAAGAAAAGAACAUGGGACUGAAGUGGGAGGUGAUGAAAAUUGCAGCUGUUGGGGCUACUAUAGUUAAUACCUUUGGGAAAACUUACUAUAACGUUGAAGGAGGCCACAGAGCUGUAGAGUUCAAUCGUUUCACUGGGAUAAAAAACAAGGUUUUCCAGGAAGGAACGCAUCUGAUCUUCCCCUAUUUAGAAUGGCCUAUCAUCUAUGAUAUCCGCGCACGCCCCUUUCUUUUCAUGAGCACUUCUGGAAGUCGCGAUCUCCAAAUGGUUGAAGUUGGUCUGCGAGUUCUUUCACAUCCUCUGGCAGAUCAGUUGCCAACAAUCUACCGCACUCUCGGUGAAGACUACAACGAGCGAGUGUUGCCUUCAAUAGUUGAGGAAACUCUGAAGUCUGUCAUCGCCCAGUACAAUGCAAGCCAGCUCGUCACUCAGAGAGAGACUGUUAGUCGGGAUAUUCGUAACCUGUUGACAGAAAGAGCUGCUUCCUUCCACCUUGCAGUAGACGAUGUUUCUAUUACAAAUCUAACUUUUGGGAAGGAGUUUACUGCUGCUAUUGAGGCAAAACAGAUUGCUGCACAGGAAGCUGAGAGGGCGAAAUACAUUGUGGAGAAGGCUGAGCAGGACAAGAAGAGUGCUAUCAUCAGAGCUCAGGGUGAAGCAAAGAGUGCUCUGCUGAUAGGAGAAGCUAUUGGAAACAACCAAUCAUUCAUCACACUAAGGAAGAUUGAGGCUUCAAAGGAAAUCGCACGAAUUGUGUCAGACUCUAAAAAUCGGGUGAUGCUUAACACAGAGGAGCUGCUGCUGAAUGUUCAGGGGACGUGAACCUGUAGUGCAGACCACCUCUUGUGUGGAUGAAAGUAAACAAAUGCUAGGCCCUUGUAACAUACAUCUUUUGUUAUUAGCCUGCUGUAAUAAUGUUAUUUAUAGGCUUGGAAGCGGGGCGAAUUGGGACGGGGACACCACCAACUUUGAGUUGAACCUGAGACACGCCUUGCCCGUCAUUUCUUUGGACCAGCCCCACCCGCGUCCAAAACCAACCGGGACGGGUCUAACCCAUUUGCCCCAAUUUUUUUAUUAAAUUGUGAAUAAAAUGCUUUAUUGA